CUCUCCCCCUCUUAGUGCCCAUCAAGCCUCCGCAUCUACCCUCCUCUUCUCUUUCUGUUGCCAUGGCCGACUCUGCACUUCGGUCGUGGAAGGACCUCGCAGCCGACCUCCUCACCGAGAUAGCCCGCCUCUUACCGUGCCGUGUCGACCGCCUCGGCAUGUCGAUGACGUGCCACGAUUGGUGGCUCGCAGCCAAUCGGCUGCCGCCUCCACGUCAACUCCCGUGGCUCCUCCUCCCGGACACCACCACUUCUCCCAUGAACAUCCGGAGGGUUACCUUUUGCUGUGUCCUUGCCAAGGGCAGCGGAGACACCCACAGCCUCCGCAUCGGGGAAGACACUGGCAAUUCACGCUUCUUCGGCUCCUAUGAUGGUGGUUGGAUCUUGCUCGCCCAUGGGCAGACCGACCACCACAUGCUCACCAACCUCCAUACCAACCGACGAUUAUUCCUCCCAGACUGUGUCUAUUAUGUGUCACCGGUGGGAGGGGCUAUAUUGAAUCCCGUGUCCACAACCAUCCUGGUCGCCACCUUCUCUUCCCCGCCGGGGCAAGACACGCAGUGCUUCGGCGCUGCCAUCAUCGACUCAACGUGGGGGGUCUGUCGCCCGCAACUUGCCUUCUGGAGCAUGGAGGUGGCCAGUGAUCGUCGUCCCGUGGCCAUGGGUUUCUUGAAGAGUUUAUGUGAACCGUGGUCCCGGCCUGAGGAUGUCAUAUAUCACAGAGGAGCUUUCCAUUUCCUAACCGAUGCAGAGCAUGUUGUCGUGUACGACAUAUUCAAGCUCCAAGAAGUUGAAGAAGGUAGGGGUAUAUGUUUGAGGAUUGGUGCGCGCCACCAUGAGUAUUUGAUGCAGGGGGUGCCUCGGAGCUCCACAUCAGUCAUGGCUCGCUACCUCGUGGAGUCCCGCGGGGAAUUGCUGAUGGUCGCGAGAUACGUGGGAAAUUCUCCUACAUGGUUCCCGCACACAGGGGGAUUCCAGGUGUACCAGGCGACGCAGCUCCCCACCAGCACCGGCCAGGUUCAGCUCGCCUGGACCGAGCUGCAUUCGCUGGAUGGAAGGAUGCUGUUCCUCGCUCGGGGAUGCUCCAGGUCCUACGAGGUGGCUGAUUUCCCCGGCUCUGCCUUUGGAGAAGGCAUCUACUUCUUGGAUGACAGGAAAUCCUACGACAUAGACAUGGUGUCCCUCGUAGCACAUGCGGCGCCCCGGCGCUGGUACACAUGCAGUGACAACGGGAUGUGUCGGUGGGUGCAGGGGGAGCCGCGUCUCCAAGUCUUCCGGCGCUGGUUCACCAACAAGCAACAUUCUGACUACUCGCCGCCGAUUUGGUGUAUCCCUUGAGGUCCGUCAGGUGCAGGUUUCAGUUAUGGUGCUCUGGUUAUUUCAUUUUACUAGUUCUUUAUAGAUCGUGGUGUUGAGUGCUACAUUUGCGGAGUAAUCUGUUCUUUCACUGCUGGAGCUUUCAAGACUUGCAGUUUUGUUUUCGAUUGUUGUAUGAUCCGGGCACUUGAUUUCUGUCACAUGGACGCUUAUGAUAUUUCCAGAUUUAGUCGAGAAUAGCCUGAAUGCAGAAUUAGGUGGUGCACACACACGAGUUAUUAGGUGAACCGCGUAACAUCCUCAUCUUUUUUAUCACCGGAUGAAAAUAGCAAGUAUGGUGCUAUGUGUUUAUAGAGUAACAACUUUCCUAUGUUAAUGGUCAGAUCGAACUCGCUGAUGAUUAUAUAGAAUCACAUCUCUGCCUUAAUUGUC